CCUGCCAGCGAGGAUUCUACCGUCACUCCCUGGAGACUAAACACUGCCUGAAGUGCCCCCCCAACAGCUUGUCCAAUGAGUCAGGGGCGACAUCUUGUUCCUGCAAUGCUGGCUUCUACCGAGCGCCUUCAGAGGGCCAGAAUGUUGCUUGCACCCGCCCCCCGUCAGCUCCCCGCAAUGUCAGCUUCUCCCUCGCUGGCACGCAGCUGAGCCUGUGGUGGCAGCCGCCCAGCGACCAGGGCGGGCGGAAGGACCUCACCUACACCGUCUGCUGCCGGCGCUGCCACUUCCUGUCCUGCGAGCCCUGCGAGCCUGCGGUGGUGUUCUCCCCCAGCGCUUCUGGGCUCACUAGACCUGCUGUGGAUGUGGACGGCCUAGAAGCUUACACCAACUAUACAUUUGCUGUGGAAGCCCACAAUGGUGUCUCAGGAAUCGGACCUGCUUCACAGAGAACUUCUCCAGCUGUCUGGGUCGCAGUUGGACAUGCAGCUCCAGUGACAGUAUCCCAGUUUAUCCUGACACAAAGAGAUGACAACAGCCUUUCUGUUUCAUGGCUUCCCCCACGGCAGCGCAGCCGGACCUCAGUGGAGUAUGAGGUCAUGUUCUUUGAGAAGGGAGAGGAGGCACGUUACACAGUGAAGCACCUUCUUGAGCCAAAUGUCACUCUGAGAGACCUGCAGCCAGACACAGCCUACCUGCUUCGUGUUAGAUCCAUCACACCCCUCGGGCCUGGGCCCUACUCCCCAGAGCAGGAGUUCCGCACUCUUCCCCCAGACAUGGGAGCUCUGUCUGGUGGAGUCAUAGUCUCUAUUAUCUUUGGAAUUCUACUAUUUAUUGGCCUGUGUCUGGGACUUCUCAUCUUUCGGCGAAAGCAGGCGCGUCGGAGGCAAGCACGGCCAGAUUACAAUACUUCAGGCUUUGAUCGAGAGAAGGUCUGGUUGAAGCCCUAUGUAGACCUGCAACCAUACGAUGACCCCAGCAGAGGGGUACUGGAAUUCACUAAGGAACUGGACGUCUCUUGUGUCACUAUGGAGAAUGUGAUUGGAGAGGGGGAGUUUGGGGAGGUCUAUCGCGGGUCCCUGCGGCUCCCAGGGAAAGAACGUGUUGUGGUUGCCAUCAAGACCCUGAAGUCGACGUACUCGGACUCACAGUGGUGGAACUUCCUGCGUGAGGCAACGAUUAUGGGGCAGUUCAAUCACCCGAACAUCGUGCGUCUGGAAGGCGUUGUCACUAAACGGAGGCCAAUGAUGAUCAUCACUGAGUAUAUGGAGAAUGGAGCGCUGGAUACCUUCCUCCGGGAGAAUGAGGAAAAAUUUAGCCCUGUGCAGCUUGUGAGUAUGCUGCAGGGAAUAGCCUCUGGCAUGACCUACCUUUCAGAACACAACUACGUGCACCGGGAUCUGGCCGCCCGCAACAUCCUGGUAACACGCAGCCUUCAGUGCAAGGUGUCCGACUUCGGCCUCUCCCGGAUCCUGGAGAAUGAUGCAGAGGGAACCUAUGAAACCAAGGGUGGAAAGAUUCCCAUCCGGUGGACAGCCCCAGAGGCCAUUGCUCACCGGAUUUUCACAUCAGCCAGUGAUGUCUGGAGCUUUGGAAUUGUCAUGUGGGAAGUGCUGUCAUUUGGUGAUAAGCCGUAUGGGGAGAUGACCAAUCAAGAGGUGAUGAAAAGCUUGGAGGACGGGUACCGGCUCCCUCCCCCCGUGGACUGCCCGUCCAUUCUCUACGAGCUCAUGAAGAGCUGUUGGUCACACGAUCGGUUGAGGAGGCCUCAUUUUCAGGAAAUCCGGGCACAGCUGCAACAUUUCAUGUCAAGUCCCCACCUUCUGCGGCCUGUGGCAGACUUUGAUCCCAGGGUAACACUCCGUCUCCCCAGCUGCAGUGGGUCUGAUGGGAUCCCCUACAGAUCCAUCCCCGAGUGGCUGGAAUCCAUCCGCAUGAAGCGCUACAUCUCCAACUUCCGCACUGCUGGCCUGGACACCAUGGAGUCCAUCCUGGAGCUCACUGCUGAGGAUCUGAAACAGAUGGGAGUGUCACUUCCAGGCCACCAGAAGAGGAUCCUGUGUAGCAUCCAAGGCUUUAAGGAGUGA